AUGUGGAUUAUCACUGGGGAGCUUGGCCAGCAGAUCAACUUAGCUGCACGGGAAUCCAGUCUGGAGGUGGUUCGAGGGGAUUUUGUUGUCCUGCCCUGCUCGUUCUUCACCUCCAGCCCCAUAUCCAAACUCAAUGUUAUCUGGACUCUGUCUCCCUUCUCCAGUCCAGAAACCCCAAUACAGGUGAUUGUGUAUGACCAUGGACAGGUGAUUGAAGACCGCUCCCUCACUGGCAGGGUGGCUUUUACAGGUAUUCCCUGGAGUGCAGAUAUUGUCCUGAAUGACACACAUGUAUCAGAUGCUGGUGUUUACCGCUGCAUGGUGAACAACCCACCAGAGCCAGCUGAUCCCGACAUAGGAGAACUGGUGCUCAGUGUUCUGGCACCACCUUCACUGCCUGUGUGCCAGUGGAAUGGAGAUAUUGAUGUGGGAGGAAGUGUCACGCUGUCCUGCUCGGUGAUGGAGGGCGUACCUACUCCAAAGAUUCACUGGGAUAAACUGAAUCCAAAGGAAAUCUCACUUCCCAUCAACAUGGAGGGGGAUAUGUCAGGUUCUGUCCAAAUUGUCAACAUGUCUUCACAAAUGUCUGGCCUGUACCGCUGCUCUGCCACUAACCCCCUGGGAACUGAGAACUGCUACCUCAGCCUGUCCAUUUACAGCACUCCAGACAUUUCCUCAGGCAUCCUGCAGGGUGUUCUUCUGACCCUGUCCAUGAGCUUGGUGUUACUGGCACUGUUAGUACUCAUGUUGUGGCUCCGUCGUAUGGGGCAGAAUGGGAGGUGGAGGGAGGGGAAAGAAGAGUGUUACAGUGAGAUACGGUACACUGCACCCCCGAUGAAGCGCUCAUUUGUUUGACCUCUCAACAGGUAUUAAUCAAAAGACUUCUGGGACUCUUGGUUUCAUCUAGGCAAUGUUUUUUUUUUCCUUACAUACUUACUGAUAUACUUUCAAGCUUUUCCUCCAAAUUGGGAGACUGUAAAACCUGCAUAAUAAAAAUAGGGCACUCAAGAUCCCCUGGCCAUUUUUUAGUUUAGUUUAGUUUAUUUGGCUCAAAAAGAAAACACUAUACUCAUCCCAUAUACCUAAUAUACACCUUAUAUUUAUAUAAUUGGACCAAAAACACACCGCUUAUUAGCUUAUCUAUGGGUACUAAGACAGCACAGUUAAUUAAAAUAAUGAACAUCAACCCCGAUUAUAAAGCUAUAAUCAACUUAUCCUCUUAAACUUUCCUUCCU